ACAUACACACACAAAACAGGGCAGACGUAAGCAAGGUAUAAAAGGUAGCUAUACCUGGUUCUGAGAAGACAGAUUGAUCACAUCUCGCAGGAAGUCAAGAACGGUAAGAAAGCCAUCAUGUUUUGGACAAGAUAUGCUGGAGCAAGUAUAUUAUUGUUGUUAAUGCUUAUUCAUCUCGGACAAAUGUACCCACGAAGUGAUAUGAAUAACUUUGGAUGUGAGGAGUGCAAACUCAAGGAGAACAACAUUUUCUCAAAACCUGGAGCUCCUGUCUAUCAGUGUAUGGGAUGCUGUUUUUCUAGGGCUUACCCCACGCCACUGAGGUCCAAGAAAACCAUGCUUGUUCAAAAAAAUAUCACAUCAGAAGCUACAUGUUGUGUAGCCAAAGAAGUUAAACGGGUGCUUGUCAAUGAUGUCAAACUAGUGAACCACACAGACUGCCACUGCAGCACCUGUUACUAUCAUAAGUCUUAAAAGAAAAAGUGACAUUCCAUAUUUGCUUGUGUUUGCCUAAAACUAGUUAUAUUCCUGUCUACCUGUAAUUUUAUGCCAAUGCUUAUUUUCUGUUCUUAAAUCACAAUGUCUAGUAUAUUUGAUGUGAAAAUUUAUUAGUAGAUUUUUUUUUAGCUGUGCAUAUUUACUUUUCUACCAUGCAUAUUUAAAUUCAAAACCAUGUCAAUUGUUAAGGCUGGUGGUUUUUCCACAACUUAUUUUUUUAAAAGAUGGCCAUCAUUACUGUAACCAACAUCUUAAGCAUAUAGACUGUGAUAUUUUAUCAUUAAUAAAUUGCAAGAAAACAUCAUCACUGCACUCUGCUUGAUAUUAGUUUAAGCCCUGUUUUAAUUGUAAUUGCUCACUUAUUUUGUCAUCUUACAGAUGUACAGUAAGAUUGUUCAAAUCCAUAAAUUAAAUUAAAAAUGUUUGCUUGUGA